GAGGAGGAGGAGGCGGAAGAGGAGGAGGGGGAGGAAGUAGCGGAGCCGCCGUCGCGCGGCCGCCGGCUCUGAUGGCUCCUCGCGCCCCGGGCGGAGCAAAGACACAGCAGUCGCGGCCGCGGCGCGAGAGCGCAGAGGGCAGCAGGUAUCUGGGAAGUGACGUGGUGUCCGCGCCCCGCGAGGAGGCACCACGGUGCGGUUGUCGUGCGUUUCGCAGGAGGGCAGGAGCGGCAAGGGGAAUAUGGCCGCGCAGUCGGACGGCGGCGGGAAAGCCGGCGGGUUCGCGCAGCUGUACGACGUGGACGUGGACGCGGACGAGCCGAUGGACUCCGCCGCCAUCCACAUCUGCCAGUGCUGCCGCACCUCCGCCUGCUACUGGGGCUGCCGCUCCGCCUGCCUGGGCUCUCUGCUCGGUGGAGGAGCGGCAGGAGGAGGAGGGGGGGUCGGCAUCAGAGAGACUCACUGCCCGCCCCGGGAGCAGCUGUGGCUGGACUGCCUCUGGAUCGUCCUCGCCCUGUUCGUCUUCUUCUGGGACGUGGGCACGGACCUGUGCCUGGCGGUGGACUACUACCGCAGGCAGGACUACCUCUGGUUCGGCCUCACGCUCUUCUUCGUGCUGGUGCCGUCGGUGCUGGUCCAGAUUCUGAGUUUCCGCUGGUUCGUGCAGGACUACACCGGCGGGGGGCUCGGGGAGGUGGAGGGUCUGACCAAGCGGGGCAGCGUGGCUCUGGGCUGCCUGUACCCGGGCAGAGACCGCCUGCAGCUGGCCACCAUCUGGCUGUGGCAGGCCACCAUUCACAUCCUCCAGCUGGGACAAGUGUGGAGGUACAUCAGGACGCUGUAUCUGGGCGUGAUGUCGCGGCGGCAGAAGGAGCACCAGCGGCGCUGGUACUGGGCCAUGAUGUUCGAGUACGCCGACGUGAACAUGCUGCGGCUGCUCGAGACGUUCCUGGAGUCUGCUCCUCAGCUGGUUCUGCAGCUGUGCAUCAUGAUCCAGGAGAACCGCGCCGAGAGGCUGCAGUGCAUCUCCUCUCUGGCCUCGCUGCUGUCUCUCGCCUGGGUUCUGGCCUCCUACCACAAGCUCCUGCGAGACUCUCGUGACGACCAGCGCAGCAUGAGUUACCGGGGGGCGCUGCUGCACCUCUUCUGGCGCCUCUUCACCAUCUCGUCCCGCGUGCUGGCGCUGGCGCUCUUCGCCUCCCUCUUCCACAUCUACUUUGGCAUCUUCGUGGUGGUCCACUGGUGCGCCAUGGCCUUCUGGGUGGUGCACGGAGGCACCGACUUCUGCAUGUCCAAGUGGGAGGAGGUGCUGUUCAACAUGGUGGUGGGAAUCGUCUACAUCUUCUGCUGGUUUAACGUGAAGGAGGGACGCACGCGCUCCAGGAUGGUGGCGUACUACACCGUGGUGUUAGCGGAGAACACCAUCCUCACCGGCCUGUGGUACGCCUACAGAGACCCGGUGUUGACCGACUCCUACGCCUUCCCCGCUCUGUGCGGCGUCUACCUGACGUUCGCUGGCGGCGUCCUGGUCAUGCUGCUGUACUACGGCUUCCUGCACCCGGCCACCGCCCACAUGCAGCCAAGCCCCGCCUCCUCCUGCUGCGCCCAGCUGCUCUGGGGCCUCCCCCUGCCGCCGUCCACGCCGCCCACCGCCCCGCCCACCCCGGCCCACAUGACUAAGUCGCAGACGGAGGAGGACGUGGCUGAGUCGUGUCUCCCCGUCUUCCAGGUGCGGUCGGUGACACCCACCUCCAAACCCGAGGGGCCGCUGAUAAAGAUCGACAUGCCCAGGAAGCGUUACCCGGCGUGGGACGCACACUACGUGGACCGGCGCCUGCGGAGGACGAUAAACAUCCUGCAAUACAUCACGCCGGCCGCGGUGGGCAUACGAUACCGCGACGGACCAUUACUGUACGAACUGCUGCAGUACGAGUCGUCGCUCUGA